AUGGUCUCUUCGACCACGACACGACAGGCUGAGAAUGCAUUGCUUGGCGCCACCACCACGCAAGGAGCUGAAGCAAGCACCACCGCCUUGGGAGGUUCUUCAGCAUACGCCGCCACCUCUGGAGAAACUGCAGCAGAUGUCAUCGCUUCAGGAAACACAGCAGUGAGCGUUACCACCUCAGGAGAUUCUGCAGCAUCAGCCGCCACCUCUGGAGACACCAUAGGGGACGCCGCCACCUCGGGAGGAGUGGUCUUCCACUACCGCGCGCCUCACGACCGCUACGCGCUGUCCUUCUCCGACGCCAAAAGAGUUUGUCUGGAGAACUCUGCCAAUAUUGCCACGCCAGCCCAGCUGCUGGCCACUUUCAAUGACGGCUAUGACAACUGUGAUGCUGGUUGGCUGUCGGACCAGACUGUGAGGUAUCCCAUCCAGUCACCUCGGCCCGGCUGCUAUGGCGACAGGGAGGAAUCACCUGGCGUGAGGAACUACGGAAGCCGAGACCCCGAUGAGAUGUUCGAUGUAUACUGUUUUGCCAACAGCCUGCAAGGUGAAGUGUUCCACACCAGUGUGCCGGAGAAGUUGAGCCUGGCAUCUGCCUCCACUCACUGCCAGACUCUGGGGGCUCAGCUGGCCACAGUUGGGCAGCUCUACCUGGCCUGGCAGGGUGGCCUAGACCGCUGUGACCCCGGCUGGCUGGCCGACGGCAGCGUGCGUUAUCCCAUCAACCUGCCCCGGCGUCACUGCGGAGGGGAUGAGCCAGGAGUACGGACCGUUUACCACAACCCCAAUCGCACCGGAUUCCCAGACACUAGCGAUCUCUUUGAUGCCUACUGCUAUCAUGAGAAAAAUUUCGAAGAGCUGAUGGCGAUACUCCACAAGAUCCUAGAAAACUCCACUCUGAACUCUUCAAGCGAUGAAGAGGUGCAGCUCCAAAGAAAUGGAGCCUUCCCUGAACCUUCAACUUGGACCGGUCUGGUCAAUCUUGAGAAAGAAGACUUUGAGUCCAUCAUAAACAACGAAUCUUCAGAAAUCUCAGAGGAGCAUGUUGUAAUCCAUCUUGGACCUGAAGAAAAGUCUGUAGACUGGGAAGACGAUCCCAAAGAUGCUGUGGAGAAGCAGGAGAACCUUCAAGGGGGUUCGGCGAAAGAGGAGACCGAUGAUGGAUCUCCUGACCCAUCUUCAAUCACGCCAUCUUCCUCUACGCAAGCUCAGACCAGCAACAGCGUCAUUUCCAACUUUGUGAAAACAAUCAUGAAGCCAUUUAGGUACUGGACCGGGACUGGAGAACCUGAGAUACCGGCCACAGAGUCCAGCCUCUACCAAGGUACCUCAGAAAUGGUCCCACCUAUCAGGACGAAGCCAAGUAGCGGAAAAACAAGCAAAGGUGGUGCUGAUAACGCCAUCAUGGAGCCUAAUAUCAAGGAACAUUCAUAUAAUCCCUCCUCAUCAGAUCCAGAAGAAGAGCUCUUCGAACAGGAGAAAGAAGUUAUCUUGGUGGCUGCGCCGCAGGAGAUAAAGAGUCCAAGCAAUUCUCAUAUGGAUCAUCCAUAUUCACAGACCUUCACAGACAGCUUCACUGGACCAGCCAAAGGAGCGAUUGGAUCAGGAAUGGCAGAUCCGACUCUUUCUUCAAAUCCUUCGGCAUCUAAGAGCUUCGGUUCCAUGAGGAGCAGCCAACAAAUUUGGCCACUAAACUCCUUGAAAGUUGCCCCAAGCAAUAAUAGGCAUUUCAUGACUCAAACAAGCAGUCCAAUGGAAGCCAAAAGGGCCAGUUUGGAGAUCAUGACCAUUCCUGUUUCCAGGAAUAACCCUGAGAACGUCUUCGGGGAAGGGAAAGACUUGAACGAGGAUGGUUACCCUAUUCCCAAAGGUCCUCCAUUUCUGUUAACUGCAGAGGAUGAAAAAGAUGGCGAGGGAAGUGGAGGAACAGAGUUACCGUUCACCCUUGACAGCCAAGAUAAUGGAUCCGAUGACCACAGAGUCCCGCUGGAGACUACUGUCAGAUGGCAGCUUAUGAGUCUCCAGAUGACUCAACCUACUAGUGUGUCCAGUUCUUCUGAUCCCAAGCACGAGAAACAGACUGACACAGUUGAGGAAGCCAGGGGGGAAAUCAUGUACGUCCAUCGCCCCAUUGAAAAACACAAGAACAAUCCCUCGAAUAAAGUCAACAUGCCUUUCGUUAAAUGGAAGCAAGACCUAGGGUUGACCAUUGCACCGGAAACACACACUUCCAACACGCCUACCACACCAAGCCCUGUUGAUCCCAACGAGGACAAGCUAGCAAUUCAACCGCCAACCAUAGGGAUCACUCCUUCCCAACCUGGAGAAGAAACCACUACCGAAGACAUUUUGUGUUCUCCGGAUCCAGCCGUUUCCAGCACGUGGUUACCUGUGGUUCAAGAGGAGGUAGAUACUCCACAACCACCGGUUCCUACCAUAAUAACAACGCAAGCUGGAUCUACGGUUCAGCCUACAGGUCCAGAUCUAAAGGACACUUCCCACCAGGUUGAGUUAAGGUCAGGUGGGUCAGAGUCAUAUGUUUUGGCUCAGGGCUGGAUAACAUCUGAACCCGUUCCGACUGAGGAACCUUCAUCCCAAACCACAGGAAGCCCAGAGGAAAACACAAUUGUGGCUAUGAUGGAAAACAGCCCCUCCAGAAUUUCAGAAGAUGAUCCCUGCCUGACCAACCCGUGCCUGCAUGGUGGGAGCUGUUUGACCGAGGGGGAGGGAUACAGUUGUCUUUGCCCUCAGGGCUAUUCGGGAGAGAGCUGCGAGAUUGAUAUUGAUGAUUGUCAGUCCAAUCCAUGUCAGAAUGGAGGCACCUGCAUUGAUGAGAUCAACUCUUUCGUAUGCCUGUGUCUGCCCAGCUAUGGUGGAGCAACCUGUGAGAAAGAUACUGAGGGUUGCGAGCACAACUGGAGGAAGUUUCACGGCCACUGCUACAGGUACUUCACCCAUAGACACACGUGGGAAGACGCUGAGAAGGACUGCAGAGAGCACAGCGGUCAUCUGGCUAGCAUCCAUUUCACACAAGAGCAGGACUUCAUUAAUGGACUGUGCCAUGAAAACACAUGGAUUGGUCUGAAUGACAGGAUGGUGGAAGACGACUUUCAGUGGACAGAUAACAUGGAUCUGCAAUAUGAGAACUGGAGGGAGAACCAGCCAGAUAAUUUCUUUGCGGGCGGAGAGGACUGCGUGGUGAUGAUCGCCCAUGAGAACGGCAAAUGGAACGAUGUGCCCUGCAACUACAACCUGCCCUACAUCUGCAAGAAAGGCACAGUACUUUGUGGAGCUCCGCCCUCCGUGGACAACGCUUUCUUGAUUGGUCGGAAGCGUUCGCAUUAUGACAUACACUCUGUAGUGCGUUACCAGUGUGGUGACGGUUUCCUCCUGCGCCACAUUCCCACCAUCAAGUGUCGUGCCAAUGGCAAAUGGGACCGACCCAAGAUCAUCUGUACGAAGUCAAGGAGAUCUCACCGCUACAGACGCCACCACCACAAGUCCCACCACGAGCGCAGAAAGCACAAGAGGCACGGUUCAGGUGGUCAUCGAGGUCAACAGGAGGGUCACGGCCAUUUCUAACCAAAUAAUCCCCUCCUUUCGGCCAGCCUUUCACCUAAACCUCCUUAUCUUUGAUAUCCGACAGCUUUUCACCUUUCCCCUUCUCGUCUGGCUCAGUCUACCCUCUUUAUGAUCAGAGGGGGCACUGCUGGACCUCACAAGGACUAUAACAAUUUUACUUUUCGGUCUCUUUAUCUGUUAAUGUUACAUCUCAUUUUAGUGGAUCCAUCAUGAAGAAAGUUCUUUCGUGCAUUCAAUGUAGAAAAUACUCUAGGUAACUGUUUAUGUAUUUUUACAUAAGCAUUAAUUGAGCGGGUGGGUUGGUAAUACAUGUAAAUAUUGUAUUUCAUUUCAAAAUGCAGGAUCAAAUCAAAUCAGCCAGGAAAUGCUUGGGAUUGGUUAGCUUAUGCAGUAUUUCUUGACCGUUUUGACAUUGGUUUGCUCUUUGUAAGACAUUAACCUAAUUUAUACAUUAUUUCUGAGUAUUUAUGUGUUUUGAGUUGAGCGGAGUGGUGUUCAUCUGGAUUUUACAUGAAAAUUAAAUCGCACUCAUGUCAUUCCAAACCCGUAUGAUUUUAUUUCUUCCGUCAAACACAAAAUGACAUGAGCGACUGGCAGCAGGAGAUGUCAAGUUUAAAAAUGGUGAAAAACACCAUGAAAGUAGUUGUGCACUGCACUUGACGUCUUCUGAAACCGUACAAUUGAUUUGUGCGUAAAACAGACUGAAGUUAUGUAUAAUCAAAAGUUGUUAUUCUAUUGUAGCUUUCACAGAAACAUGACAUUUAAUCUCAUUGAUGUCAAACUGGCAACUUGAUGACGAACAAGAUUUCAGAUCUAUGUUAGUUUGCUUUUUUUGUGAAUAAUCGUUUAAUUCUUGCAUUUUCAAGUCUCAAGUCUAGUUUAUUUAUAGAGCACUUUCCACUACAAGGCAGACCAAAUGACUGUACAGUUAAAAAAAUACAAAUAAA